UUCCCCUCAAAAGCUAAUUAUUUCUUCUUUUUUUUCUCCCUCUUAUCAUUUUUCUCCCUUUCAUGCAAUCAUUCCAUUUCCAUCUUUUCUACAACCAGAAAGAGAGAGAGAGAAACAUAAAUUUUUUCUUAUUUUUUAAGGGCAAGCACUCCAGGAGAUCAUAUAGAGAUUAUGAGAAUUAUGUACUCUCCUCCUGGGGGGCACUAACCAUUUUUCACACAACCAAUAUUACUAAAUGUAACAUCUCUCUCUCUUCUUCUCUUUUUUUUUUUUUGGUACAUAUGGGUCCUUUAUUUUGUUGGUGAGUUAUGUAUUUUUUAACUUGGCCUACAAGUCUUGUUUCUUACAUAAGAGUAUAAUUUGAUUUUGAUGUUGUGCCACAUUUGUUGAUCACCAAAUAUCUCAAUUGUCCAAUUAUGGGAGAUGCUUCUGAUGAAAAGAAAACAGGUUGUGGCCUGUUGAAUGCUGUUUUUGGAAGGAGAAAUGUGUGGACAAAAAGGUCAACAUCCACAGGUUCACUUCCUACACAAAAUUCCAACAAUGUUAGCAAUUUAACGCGAUCUUCAAGCACUCAAAAUUCUAAAAAGAAUCGUAAUGGAUCCAACGAGUCAUUUUUAGAUCAAUCUGAGAAACAAGCUGACAGGAUCAUACCAAGGCCUAAUCCAAACCAAUCCAAGACAGCUGCGAAUAAGGGUAAUUUGCAAGGUGCUGCACCUGUUCAUAAUCAGCAGAAAAGUAAUGGUCAAGGGUAUAAUAAUCAAGGAAGAAAAGUAGCUCCACCCUCAACAGGAUUAUCAGGGGAGCUUGAAAACAUGAUCCAAGAUCAUCAAAGAUCAAAGGGUGCUAAUACAUUAGUCCGUGCAUCGUCUAGCAACGUGAUGCUGUUUGGUAAUUUGGGUAAUAUUAGACAGCAAGGUGGGGGCAAUGGUACUGGUCCUACAACAACUUCAACAGCUAAUCAUGUUCUUGAUUAUUUACCAAGAACGGCUAAAGAAGAACCACCACCACCACCACUAUCUCAGAAUGGGAAAUAUCCGACAAGUGUUAUGGGUAAUGUGGUAAAGAAAAAGGGUGAUCACGAGCAGGGGAAAACAGGGGGCUCUGUUUCCCUUUGCCGUGCUCUGUCCACAAGAAUGGACCCUGAGCAAUUAAAGAUUCUUGGAAAUGAGGAUUACAAGAAUGGGAGAUUUGCUGAAGCUUUGGCUUUGUAUGAUGCUGCAAUUUCAAUUGAUCCCAGUAAGGCUUCUUAUCGAAGCAACAAAUCCGCUGCUUUAACCGCUUUAGGAAGGCUCCUUGAAGCUGUUUUUGAGUGCAAAGAAGCUAUAACAAUUGAUCCUCAUUAUCAAAGAGCUCAUAAUCGUUUGGCCACCCUAUGUGUCAGAUUAGGAGAUACAGAGAAGGCUAUGUACCAUUACAAACAAGCAGCAUCUGAAGCUGAUCCUGAUGUUGUCACAAAGUCAAAAAAUAUUCAAAUUCAUCUUAACAAAUGUGCUGACGCCAAGAGGCAAAGAGAUUGGAACACCCUUCUUAAAGAAUCUGCACUCGCCAUAUCGGCUGGUGCAGAUUCUGCACCACAGAUAUUUGCUUUGAAAGCCGAGGCGUUGGUGAAGCUCCAUAGAUACCAUGAAGCAGAUCAAACUCUGAAGAAUGGUCCAAAUUUUGAUAUCGACGAAUGUAUAAAGUUCUUUGGCCCUAUUGGCUAUGCAGGUUUACUAGUCAUUCAAGCGCAAGUUGACAUGCCUGCUGGCAGGAUUGACGAUGCCUUAGCAGCGGCUCAACGAGCAUCCCAGCUAGAUGGGAACAACAAGGAAGUGAACAUGAUAGCUAGGAGGACAAGGGCAGUAGCUAGUGCUAGAUCAAAGGGCAAUGAGUUGUUUAAAGGUGGAAAAUAUGGAGAUGCUAGUGUUGCUUAUGGUGAAGGACUAGACCAUGACCCACACAACUCAGUCCUAUUGUGCAACAGAGCAGCUUGCCGGUCAAAACUUGGCCAAUUUGAGAAAGCACUAGAAGAUUGCAAUACUGCCCUAAAUGUUCGACCAUCUUUCAACAAAGCUAGGUUGAGGAAGGCGGAUUGUUACUUUAAGAUGGGAAAAUGGGAAGCAUGCAUACAAGAAUGUGAAGCAUUGAUAAAGGAGACACCAGAAAAUGAGGAUGUGGCACAGAUGAUUAAGGAUGCCCAACAACAACUCAAAAAAUGAGGAAUUUGCCAAAGAGCAUGAAUGACAUUUAUGGUUGUCAUUAAUUUGUCCAUCAAUAAAUUUGAAUGGUAUCAUCACUUGUUUGUUCAAUUCCAAUCCCUCCAUAAAAGGGAGAAAAAAAAGGUCAAGAAUAGAAAAAACACCAUGGGAAAAAAAGUGGUGGGGGAGGGGUUAAGUUUAAGAAAAGGAUUUAUAAAGGUCUUUUAGGGAACAAGAAAAGAGAGAAUGAGAGAAGACCAAAGGAUUAAGAAUCUCUGAGUUAGAAAAUAGGAUUUGGUAGGCUAUAUUGGCUCAUUGCUUUAGGAAAAAAAAAAAAAGGAAAGAAGGAAUUCAUUAGGGUGCUUUGGAAACAAAAAAUUAAAGCACUAUGGGUUUUUAGUGAAUGAGAACAAUUCUUUUUACAUUUGUUGCACUUCCUUAAUAUGUAAUUAUUUUGUUUAACAUGGCUUUUCC